AUGGCCGGUAGAUUAUCUGUCAUCAAAUCAGAAAAAGAAAUUCAUCGUUUUGUAACUGGUGAGCAGAUAGAAUUUCUACGCGGACAGUUCCGUUGCCGCAACGACCAUCUAACCUUGGUGGAAUUGCGUGAAUUGCUGUGCGGAAUCGGACUGGAAUACACGGAUGAGGAGUAUCGGAACUUGUGUCUGCAGAUAAACACCGACCACGAUGAGUACUGCCAGUGGGAUGAAUUUAUCAGCUAUCUUAUACUCGGCUUUCAGGACGAUGAUCCACUGGGAGUAAAACAAUCGCUUGAUCCUCCUAUUUCGGGCGAUCUUUGUCUGAAGUUGCGCCGCCAGGUGUACACUAUCACAAAGAUCGAUUUUUGUCCAAUGGUGUACUACGACGGCAGUAUUAGUUGGUCGCAAGGACACUGGAUAACAACGUCUCGCGAGGGUGUGAUACAAUUUUGGACGGAAGACUGGAAACCGGCCAUGACGGCUAGAACGACACCGUCGAAUUUGAAACGAUCCAAAACUUGGGUGCUCGAAACCGUUCCUCUUCCAGAUGCGAGUAUGUUCUGCGUGGCUGGACUGGAAACGGAGCUACGCUUCUACGAUGUCGUUGCGUCGUCCUUCACGUUGAAGCUGGUGAUUGAACGACUUCCACAUCCAAUUAGUGCAAUGGCGUAUCGUUUUAACCAUCUCGAACCUGGCAAGCUUAUCACGGGUGACUACGACGGUCACUUACGCUUGUUUGUGUUUCAUCCCGAACGAAAAGCGACAUCAUCGAGUGAAACAUUUGGCACAAUCACGCGCGUUACCCUACAAGAUGUACAAUGCGGAAAGUACUCACCGUUGGAGUGUAUCGAUUAUGGACGUCUUCUACCCGAUAUAGUACGGUCGAUACGGUUUGUUGAUAGCCUGGGAAGCUUCGUAGCGUGCGCGGAAGAAAAUCCUCUAAUUGCCACUCGAGCCCGAUCACGUUCGGAACAACCAUGCAGCAUGAUCAUUCGCUCACUGGAUCUUUCUGUUGCAUUGAUGACGAGGUUUUACGUUCCACGUGGUGUGACUUGUUUCGCGUUUGAACCCUCCAACGAGCUGCUUGUUUCUGGUGGACCGGAUUGUGAUCUUCGUUUGUGGGAUAUACACCGACCUGAUAAGCCGUCCGUUGUGCUUGUAGGGCACACCUCGAGCAUUACGUUUGUUUUCCUGCAAGAUAAUGGCGAGAAGAUUUACAGCCUUGAUCAGAAGAAGAUUAUCAAAGUGUGGGAUGUGCGCAAUCGGGUCCUGUUGCAAACGUUUAGCCAGUUUUCGACCGUGCUCGUGAAAGGCACUCCAGCCUGUGCGUACUACAAUAUGCGUGAGCGGGAGCUUGUCGUAGCCAGCAAUAAGCUAUUUGUCACGGCCUGCUGUCCUGAGAUUGCGCUGGAUCGUACAGAUGGCGAUAGUCAUACCAAGCCCGUAUCGGUGCUGUUGUACAAUGAUCUGUAUCAACUGGUAGUCAGCUGCGGGUUCGACAGUUUCAUCAUAGUUUGGGACCACCGGUUGAAUCGAAAGAUGACGAUCAUCACGGAAGCGCACACGCAGAUACGUAAUGGAGUGCUGGAACCGGUAGAAAUCACGGCAGCGUGCUUUGACGGGAAGCAGCAGCUGCUAUUGACCGGUGCACGCAAUGGUUCGUUAAAAAUCUGGAAUAUUAGUGGCCGAACGUGCAUGCGCACGAUACAAAUGGACGACGAUUGCGAAGUGACAGCCGUAUUUUGGCAAGCGAAUCGUAUUCUAGCAAUGGGCUGGAAUCAUCGGGUCGUAGAAUUCGCUGCGUUCACGGAGAAUGAUGAGUACCCGCGCGGACUGCAGUGGCGCAAACUGCACUCGGAUGAUAUUCUUUGUGCGGCGGUCAGUGGUUCAAUGCCUGGCGUGAUGGCCACUUCCAGUUACUCUGGGGAACUGGUUUUUUGGAUGCUGGAAACAGGCCAGCCGUACUGCCGGUUUGACGCAACCAAUCCUCGAUCACGAGUGCCGAUCUUAUUCCGCGAAGCUCCGGAAUCAAAACCUCACAAAUUGGCUCCAAGGCGGUCUAUGUUUGCAGUAGCUUCUGGACACUUGGCGCAGCGCCGUCUGUCCCGGGUCGUAAUGCCAUCCGGGUUAGAACAGAUGCGACGGCUUUCGAUACAGUCAUUGCUGUUUCUCCCAAACCGUCCGAUGCUUGCUGAGUAUGGAACAAUGGUUGGUUCGCUUGAUAAUGGAACAGUCCAGGUGUGGUCGCAUCACCCAAAAGGAGGCUUCAAGGGACAGUUUAAUGGAAUCCAUAUGGCAGGCGAUAGGAUAAUAACGCUGGCAACUGACAAAGCAAACAGAUUCCUUUUCACCGGUACAGCAUUAGGAUACGUUAAAACGUGGUACAUUGAAAAUUGCUGGAUACCGAACGAAGACAAAUUCCAUGUGAAUAAACCGGCGCUACGAGUCAUGUUUCCAUUUCUACUUAACGAUGUUGUACCGGGUCGUGCUAAGCGGUCCGCCAAAGAUCAACCCAAACCAUGGCUACUGAAUUCCUACCAAGCGCAUUGGACCUGUGUUACUGGCCUGAUAUAUCUAGACGCUACGGGCCUGUUGUUGAGCUGCAGCAGUGAUCGCACUAUACGCCUGUGGACCCUCGCAGGACGCUACAUUGGCCUGCUGGGUAGCCCAGUAACCUGGGAACCAUUGGCGACUGAUUUACCUCCGCCAGAAGGCUAUCGUUUCCGUAUUCCGCCGGAUUUGCAGCGAGAGGUAAGUUUUACCACGGCGAAAGUGUUACGAGGUGGGAAAGAUUUCCCACGAAUACGAACCAUAAGUGGUGGAGGUGGCUUAACAAGCAGUGGAAUUGUUUCGGCUGAUCGACAAAAGCACACACCAGCGAUAGAGACGUACGGUUGCGCGCUAGUUGAACCGAUAGUGAAUACAACUGUGCUGAAACUACCAUCCAAAGAACCGAAAUUGCGGACGAUAAAAUUGGAACACACCUAUCCCUCGUUGCCGUUGUAUGGGCACAUGGUACAGUUUCCCAUCAAAGCAAUAGAAUAUUCGGCACAACUUGAACUGAUACUGAAAAGAACGGAAAUGCUAAAAUUUAAAGAAGAACCGCAUGACCGCGAUCCAUGA